ACCAGCCAUCGACAUCAUGAAGAUGUACCGCCUAGGAGUCCAGCAGCAUGAUUCUUGAGUUGCAGGCGUGAACAUUUUUUUUAUGGUCCCUCCACACCCACAUUUUCAUGAUUUUGAUUCCUCAUCUUUAUUUUCAUGAUUGUGAAUAACAAAGAGAAUAGCAAACUAACAGAGAAAUAUUAUUACUGGUCUGCUCUUUGGAGGAGACGAGUAGAAGUCGUUUUUUUUUCUAGUGCCUCCAGUAAGUGAAUAUGAGCAGUGGUCUGCUUUUUGGAUGGGAGUCUUCCUCUAGUGGCUAUAGGACUACGCCAUUGCAGGAGGGUUGUUCGUGUUUUCCGGUGUCGCCUAGUAGAGGUGCGAAGAUGGAGGACAAGCACAAUCUUCCUAGUACGUCGUCCACGACAGGAGCUGCGAUGGGAAAGAACGUGAUCAUGCUGGGUCCUCAAGCUCAUCAAGGAAAAGGGCAAACCGGGGCGAUGGGUUUCUUUCAGAUUCAAACACCAGUUUUGAGGACAAGUGCUCCUGGAUCACCGCAGAUUGGUCUUUCGACUAGGACUCUUGAUAUUCAAAACAAGAACUUUAUGGUUAUGCCACCAGGACCCACGGCCGCGUGUGCCUCAGCCUCUGCAGCUACUGCGUCCUCUGCUGGUGUUCCCGUUUUGCGAUUCGUUACGCCUGCUCCUGAAUUUGGACAUGUUGAUCAACGAGAAGCAGACGAAGCAACAGACAAUCAAGAUCUUCAGCCAGAGUUGAAUGAACACCUGAUGGUCGACAAGCAUGCUGCAGUGGCAGGUGUUCUUGGUUUUCGUGAUGAAUGCCAACCACAGGUAGAUAUACAACAAGCAGAAGGAGAGAAUCCUCAGGUUUUCGUCACAUCUUCAACGGGGGAGCACCAUCCACAACAUUCGCACCAACAUACAUACCAAUCGGGUCUUCAGCGUGGCCUUUGUGGAGCUGGGCUUGGUAUUCAGCAUUUAUUGUCGCGGACUUCAUCAUCGUCUCCGAAAGCUAUGCCCACGACAGCAGAGAAUAAUAUUUUCAACAAGAACAACGUCAACGGGAACGGUGUGGGUCGUGUCGGAUUACACCAGCAUUCGGUUGCACCUCCCUUGAAUGUUAGCCUUGGACUGCUUCCGACAAAGUCGCAUAUUAGUUCUGUUUUUACACCUGCACCACGUGGGAAUCAUAGAGACAGAACAGCGAUCAUUGGAGGAGGUGGAAGUAUUACAGCUGGGUCUCCAAUGAGACAGGGAGGACGAGAGACUGCGAUGAAUGCACCGACAUCAUCGCGGCCUGCUGUAGAUCUCUCAUCCAGCCGAGGACGCAACCGCGCUGCUCCUUUGCCGACCUCCUCGUCCAUGCUGGAGAUGCAAGAACAAAAAACAAAAAGGAUCGACACGGACGCGACAGCUCCUGCAAGCACAUCAAUGUCACGGUCAUCUGGGUGCACAGCUUUACCACAAGCUGCACAAGAGCAGCCACUUUCUGCUCGUCCUACAGUAGAGACGGAAAACCCGAGCAACGUUUCUUGCUUGACGGAUCAUGACUGCAUCUUGACUUGCAAUGUUGCUUCCAAAGUGGACAUAACAUCAACUUGUGGCGACAACUGUAGUACAACGAAUCAAGUAGAGGGACAACAACAGGAAGCUCAGACUACAAUCGAUGCAUUGACGCGUCAGAUCUCUUUUUUACAGUCUAGGCUUCACAUGCUCGAACUACAUAAAGAGGGAACAAAUGAACGAGAAACAAGAGGGCGCACACGACAACAACAGCCUCUCGUCGUGGCAGAUCAUACUAGAAGUGCUGCUUCUAGUACGGCUAUCUACUUCCUACCGACUACGACUUGCGCCGCCCCAUCUAGCAAAGCAUCGGGUAGGGCGCAAAGAGCAGCAGUAAGAACCUCCACGAUGAAUGUUGACCAUAACAACAAGAACCGCUCUAAUUCAACAAGAAGGACCAGAAGUUUGCCUCGGUUCAGACGACAGAAUCAAAAUGCAGCAAACAAUGAUGCAGUGAUCAGAAGACCAUCGAAUUCACAGUCACCGAGAGCCGCUAGCCCUACGGCAGAGACGCUUAGGAGCGGGAGAGCACCCUCCCCGACUACCAGGCGAAUGGGACUCAACGAUAGUUGUACAGGUGACGAAUUAGAGACUUCUGUUGGGCCCGCUCACCAGGGUAUUAAUUUACCAACGUUACUGCAGGAUGCUGUUCCUGCUCAACACAAGAAGAUGCAUAACAGAGCCGUGAUGUUCAACAUGGAACGUCAAGCACAGGACCACCAUGAUCCUUCUUCAUCUACAAAUAAUACUGGUCCUGGCUUCCAAAUGACCUACGCAAUAAGGAAAGUUCCGCAAUUGCCAGAGAAAUUUUCGCAGAGCCGGAGGAAAAUAAAUCCCGAUCUGGAGAUUCGCGAAUUCCUCGAAUUACACCCGGGAUUACCAGUCCGAAUCGAACGAACUGAAGGAAAUUUUGAUAAGAAGUUAUGAAGUGGAAGAAAGUCAUGUGAAGGUGACGUAGACGCAUGGAUACGUAGAAUCACAUCGGGUUCAUGCCACGCAAAUCAACUACACCGACUAGAGGACAUAUUCAUAUGAUGAAGAUCAAGAAGAUGUUUCCAUGAUGCCUUGUUCCCAUGUUAGUGAAUGUAAAUCACACAAAUCGCGUACUUACAACUAAAAUCACCUGCUCUUUCUCCCGUCCCUCCCUCACGUUCCUCCCUCACUUUUCUAAUCCCCAACACCCACCCCACUUCGCAUCCGAAAGGCGGCCUUCCUUUGCGGGCAGUUUACACCCUGAGGAGCACGAAAGUAUCCGGAAUGCAAGCAGGUUGUAGAGCUCGAACGAUAACGGUCACGAGAAACCGUCACGAUGAGAAUGUGGUUCGGAUCGGUUGUGGAUAUGAACAACUGACAGAGUACCUGGAGAACGUCUUUUUUCGAAAGAUGGUUGUCGGUAUGUCAUCUAGUACGAGCUACGAGGAAAAAGUUCAAGUUGGAGGACUUGGAGUAGAAGGUGGGGCAGGUGGUUUGAUGUAUUAUUGAUGGGUAAAGUUUUGACGAGGUGAUUUAUUACAAUCGAAACUCAAAUUUUGUAUAGGUAUACCUAAAAAUCCUAAGUGUAUGUACAUCACACACAUGUAUAUUAUCUUUUGACAGAACGCCAAAAUGGAUUCGACAAGGACAACUACGCAAAAAAGACAUUGACAUUUUCCAUGCAUGUAUAGCUAGAGAAAUUUAUACUCAAUUGAUCGGUUGAUUUUGCUAGUAAAUCGUUGAAUUUUCGAAAACAAGUAAAAAACGAAACUCCACCAUGUAAAUAACUUGUAUGUUGAAGAAAAAAUCCGUGUACAGCUACAGUGGGCAAUAGCAACCUAUCCUAUCCUAUUCUAUCCUAAUAUUUGGCAUCCAUAAUCAUCUUCAUGUCGUUGGGGAUUACCUACUUCUAAAAAUUCAAAAAACAUGAGAACGGGAAAACUUUUUGGAUACAAGAACCAAAAUUCGCACUAGAAACAAAACACUUGGAAAAGAUGAAGAAUGUUUGCCUCGCAUACGCUAUUCGUAUUCAUCUUGUUAUGACUGUUGUAAAUAUUAAAGUUAUCAUCUUGUUUGGGACGCCGACGCUAAAGGAAGCAUCAAGGACGAAGAUG